UGAGGGGGAGCACCGACGAGCGACGGUGUAAAGCCUAGAAAAAGCUUCAUCUUCAUCAAUGGAGCCUUCCCACUAGCUCUACCUUUCCUACUCCUAUUGAAUCCCGUACAACCAUCUGAUGGGAAGUUUACCAACCAACAGAUCAAGGCCAUUCCACACACAACCAACUUCCUGCACUCGCACACACCAGAUUGGCGCCCUUGCACUUGUUGCAACCACUUUCUUCCUUACUCGCCUCUUCGAUCAAACUUUCACUCCUUUUCCUGACACCCAAUCCCCUGCUUCGCAUCCCACUGUAAGUUCUUCCAUCAGUUUUGAUCAUAACCGUCUAUUUUCAUGGCCUGAAGUUGGGUACGGGUCGCAGCUUAAUCUUAAGAUCUAUGUAUAUGAUGAGAAUGAGAUUGAUGGGUUGAAGGAUUUGAUGUAUGGUCGUGAUGGCAAGAUCUCUCCUGAUUCUUGUAUUAAAGGCCAAUGGGGCACUCAGGUUAAAAUACAUAAACUUCUGUUGAAGUCUAAGUUCCGGACCAUGAAUAAAGAGGAGGCAAACCUUUUUUUCGUGCCAGCUUAUGCAAAAUGUGUGCGGAUGAUGGGAGGUCUCAAUGACAAGGAGAUCAACCAAACUUACGUUAAGGUGUUGAGUCAGAUGCCCUAUUUCAGACUCUCUGGUGGCCGUAAUCACAUUUUUGUCUUUCCAAGUGGUGCUGGAGCUCAUUUGUUCAAGUCUUGGGCCAUAUACUUGAAUCGCUCGAUCAUUCUUACUCCUGAGGGUGAUAGGACUGAUAAAAGAGAUACAAGUGCUUUCAACACAUGGAAAGAUAUAAUCAUCCCUGGCAACGUUGACGAUGGAAUGACAAAAGCAGGAGCUACGUUAAUUCAGCCUUUGCCGCUCUCAAAGCGGAAGUACUUGGCAAACUUCUUAGGUAGGGCACAAGGAAAGAUCGGUCGUCUUCAAUUGAUUGAGCUAGCGAAUAAAUAUCCUGAUAAGUUGGAAUCUCCGGAAUUGAAGUUCAGUGGCCCCAACAAACUAGGAAGAAAAGAAUACUUUGAACAUCUUAGAAAUGCGAAAUUCUGCCUAGCCCCUCGUGGAGAAUCGUCAUGGACUCUACGGUUCUACGAGUCCUUUUUUGUGGAGUGCGUGCCGGUGGUGCUGUCAGAUCAAGCGGAAUUACCUUUCCAGAACGUUGUGGAUUACGCCCAGAUAUCAAUCAAGUGGCCAUCAACUCGAAUAGGACCCCAACUCCUGGAAUAUUUGGAAUCGAUACCAGACAAGGAGAUAGAAAAAAUGAUAGCUCGAGGUAGACAGGUGAGAUGUUUAUGGGUAUAUGCUCCAGAAUCACAGCCGUGUUCUGCUAUUAAUGGAAUUCUUUGGGAGCUCCAACGGAAAGUCAGGCGAUUUCACCAGUCGGCCGAAACAUUCUGGCUGCACAAUGCAACUGUUGUAAAUAGAAAUUUAGUACCCUUUCCCCAUUGGAAACCACCUAUGCCUUUGCCUUAAUGGCUGGCUGGAAUAGCUUAUAAAAUUAGGUGCAUUUUUGUAAUAUGAAAUAUGGUUUUUUUUGCCUGUGUUCUGAAGUAGAUAUUAACAGAAAUAAUUUAACUUUAGAUAAUUGUGAAAUGCGAUUUUACAUGCUCUUGA